AAAGGUCACCCGCGAAGCAAAACGUGAAAACAGCGAAAACAGCAGUGUUCCUUCGUGCGUGUUGUCCUUACGGUGCUUUCUUUUCGGGAAAAACGUCGAUUUAGUGGUAGAACCGGAGUGAAAAUCAGUUUUUCCGAUGAAACGCGCCUACCCGAAGGACCCGGGUCCGGAAUCAGCGGAAAGCAAUGGCCAUCCGUCGCCUUUUCGACAACCAGCAAGUACGGCACUAAUCAACCAGCAUCGACAAAGUUUGCCCAUCUACAACAUCCGGAAGACGAUAGUGGACAAGGUGAGGGAAUGCCAAACGGUGAUUCUGAUUGGGGAGACCGGUUCCGGCAAGAGCACACAGCUGCCGCAGUAUUUGCACGAAGCGGGCAUUCACGGAGGUCGGAAGAUUGCCAUAACGCAGCCUCGGAGAGUUGCGGCUAUUACGGUGGCCAAACGGGUUGCCACGGAACAGGGCGGGACUGUUGGAGAUGUUGUGGGGUACUCGGUGCGAUUUGAGGAUUGCACAUCGGCAGCGACCAAGAUCAAGUUUAUGACCGAUGGAACGCUACUGCGGGAAGCCCUGUCGGAUCAACUGCUGAAGAAUUACAAUGUGGUCAUUCUGGACGAAGCGCACGAAAGGACCAUUGCCACGGAUGUCCUGUUUGGCAUUGUGAAGAAGGCGCAAAGCACCCGGAGAUUGAAGAUGUUGGAACCGCUGAAAAUUAUCAUUAUGUCCGCUACGAUGAAUGUGAACCACUUUUCGAAGUACUUUGGAAACUGCCCUACGUUGUAUCUGAAGGGAAAGAACCAUAUCGUUAGGGUGUACCAAUCUAUGGAGAACAUGAACUACUUGGAAGCUUGUAUAACGACGAUUUUCCAGAUCCACGAGAAGGAACAGGAAAGUGGAGACAUACUGGUGUUCCUGACGGGGCAGGAAGAGAUUGAAGCUACGACCACUUUGGUGCGUAGGUUGGCCAAGCAACAGGUCAAUGAGAACUCUUUACGGAUGAGGGUCUACCCGAUGUACGCUGCCAUGUCCCAACAGGCUCAGAUGGAUGCCUUCACGCCAACUGCACCCAACGCCAGGAAAGUGAUCCUAGCUACGAAUAUUGCCGAAACUUCACUCACGAUAAGUGGUAUAAAGUAUGUCAUCGAUUGCGGGAAGGCAAAGCAACGGGCCUAUGAUCCACUAACCGGAAUCGACACCCUCAAAGUUUCCUGGAUUUCGAAGGCCCAAGCGUGGCAAAGAACAGGACGAGCGGGUCGCCUGGAGGACGGAUUUUGCUAUCGAACCUACUCUAAAAGCGAUUUCCAAGCCAUGAAAGAACACAGCACACCGGAAAUUCUACGUUGCAGCAUUUCUGCUUCCACCCUUCAGCUGUUGGCCCUGGGAAUCGACUGCCGAGAGUUUGACUUUUUGGAUAAACCACCCCCUGAAGCCAUUGAGAGUGCUUUGCUCGAACUCAAAAACCUAGGGGCGAUCAACACAGUCAAAGCACCUGCCCUAACCGCCCUCGGGAGGAGAAUGGCCAAACUCCCCCUGGAUCCCAAGUACGCCAAGAUCGUCCUGAGUGCUCCGGACCACAACUGCCUCGACGAAAUCCUCACCAUCGUGGCCAUGCUGUCCGGGGAGAACGUCUUCGUCAACACCAGCCAACGGCGCGAGCAGCAACUGGCCGCCCAUUCCAAGUUCCACGCCAAGUGCGGCGAUCACAUCACCCUCCUCAACGUGUUCAAAGAGUUCCGAACGAAGGACAAAUCUAGGAAAUGGUGCGUCGACAACUUCCUACUAGAUCGCCAUCUGAGUCACGCGGCUUCCGUCCGGGCCCAAUUAUUCGAGAUCUGCGCCAAAAUGGGCAUCCGAUCCAAUUCCUGUGGCAACGAUCCCAUCCCGGUCGUGAAAUGCCUCCUCACGGGACUGUACCAGAACGUUGCCGAGCUGCAACGGGACAAUUCGUACCUCUGUCUAAGUAAUCGCACCUCAGCACGGAUCCAUCCAUCGAGUGUACUUUGUGGACGGGCUCGGCCUCAGUAUGUGCUGUUCACGGAACUGGUGGCCACCGGGAAUCGAUACCUCCGGACGGUGAGCGAGUUGGAACCGGAAUGGAUCGGAGAAGUGGCACCGCACUGUCCGUUUUUGGAUCGAAUCUCCAGCGGUGGAGGAGGACGAGGAAGUACUAGCAGUUAUGCCAUGAGUUCUAGCGUAAUGAGGACUUUUUGAAGGCAGGAUUUGUAGAGAAAGUGAUAAAUGAUACACGUACCUCCUAAGUGUAUAAAUGAAGCGAUAAAAUGUUCAAAACAAAGGCAAUUUGAAUAAAUAGUACAUAAACGAAUGUGAUUCGA